AUGAAGGCGACGAGCGCACCGCCUAGCGGAGGAAUCACGCGCGCGCAAGGCGAUGAAGCGCAGACGCGCGUCGGAGAAACCAGCACGGCCGUGGUGGGGCGAAGAAGUGCGGAACAGUGUGGAGCCGGACAUCGAACUACAGAAGCAGGAAAAAUCCUGUGCUCUGACCGACCUAGCGACAACGGAAUGGCACUUCCGAAGGGUGACAAGAAGCUUCGAAAAGAUCUUGUGGGCCUCAGUGGCUUGUUGUGGGCAGUCCUUGUGAUGCUCCUGGUGGCUGCAGUCCUCAGCAGCUUGCUUCUCGUUUUUCCCGCCAUCAAUGAAUAUCCAGAAGUCCUUGACUUCCGGUCAUUAUCUGUCCAGCUAGUGCAAAUAACGCAGAGUUUACGCGAGGCACAGCAGGAGAAACAGCCGAACCCACAGCUGACGGCAAGUAUAGACGACCAGUCAGCCAGCUCAAAUGACACCGUUGCGAUCGGCAUAGACACCGUCAGAAGACCUCUCAGUGAUUCUGCCUUAUCUGGGGCAAGGGGCUACGGCGACUAUCUACACAGCUGGCGUCGGGCGCCAUCACCGCCGCCAGAUUUGGAUGCCCAGCUGGAGGGUGCGCCCUAUACGACGUUCAACGGCAGCAAGCGUGGCUCCAUCGAUUUCGACAAAGUCGCACCCGACGAAUGCAAAAUACUACACUUUGGUUUUGGUCAUGUGCUCAGGCGAGCGAACUACGAGCUUGCUCUUCUUCCGGCGGCUUCUAUCAUUAUUACCUUCUACAACGAGCACCCCUCUGUAUUGUACAGAACGUUAGACAGCGUCCUCAACCGGACGCCACCCCAACUCUUAGAAGAAGUCAUAUUAAUCGACGAUGGAAGCACUUUCCCGUUUGCAACUGAAACCAACGCCCCUUAUUCUCUGUCAAAAUAUAUUCGGAACUUCCCUAAGGUCCGCCUGCUACGUCAUUCGACUCCGAAGGGUGUUGCCGUGGCACGGUCAACCGGUAUUCGGGCCGCCAAGGGCAGAAUCUUUGUGGUACUGGACAGCCACGUCGAGGUGGGGAUUCGCUGGCUGGAGCCACUAGUGGCUCGUGUAGCCACAAAUCCAAAUACUGUUGUGUUCCCCGAGGUGGACACGGUCGACUCACAGACAUGGGAGAUCAAAACCCCGAGAACUGGCUGCACCUUAGGUCUGGUCUGGUCUUUAAAAGAGCAGAGCUUCCCGCUUGGAUCGCCUGGUGGGCGACCCUUCUCCCCUGGAGCUUACCGUCCGUCUCCAAUGAUACGGAGAAGCGUUUUCGCCGGGGACAAGAGUUACUUUCUUCAGCAUGGGGGGUACGACGAGAAGAUGAGAUUCUCGGGCGAGAAUAUUGAACUGUCGCUCCGUCAGUGGCAAUGUGGAGGGCGAGUCGAGUGUUCACCCUGCAGUCGGGUCUUCCGCCUUGUUCGGAACGACGGCAAUACUGAAUCAGUACCACGGUAUUCCGUCAUGUCUAACAAGAUGAGAAUCAUGGCCGUGUGGAUGGACGAAUACGCUGCUCUCUCAUGGUACAAAGAGCACUUCAGGACAUAA